GGAUACCUUCUCCCGACCGAAAAUAAGGCAGGAACGACGACGACCAUAUGUUCCAGUGCUGGCUUCUCGCGUCGGAAUAAUCCGAACCUUCUCUAGGAUAGUGCGUCCCGGUGUCGGAACCUGACUGUUGUGGCCUGGGUCCGCACGGAGAGACUCGAACGAAUCAGAAUGAACAACAUCAGCAUUGGUGAUAAGCUCGGUCUCACCGGAAAGGCGGUGGAGCUGAAAUUGGGCAAGAGCUUCGACAGUUCUGCGAGCCAGAACACUCCGGGAUUCCACACCUUCAGAUACGACUUCAAACCUGCCUCUGUGGACGCCUCGCAAGGCGCCCGCGUUGACGUUGAACAACGCAAUCAGAUUUCAGUGACCGUACCUCAUCAUGAUUCAACGAGCUCGACAACUUUCCGAGGAAGUCAACGACAGUAUCAGAAAGAAUGCGUGUUGAUAAUCGAUCAGAGGACUGGACAGCUCACAUUGGAGAGGCUCAGCUGCAAUGUACAACUCAAGAAGACGAGAGCGGAAGGAUCCUCCAAAGUGUCGCUUGGGCCUCCUGGAAGACCUCUCACACCCAGCGUAGUUAAUCACGGAGCUCAAGGAGUGAAUCAAGAUUUGGAGAGUGCGCCGAACCCGGCUCCUCGGAUGAAGAGGCCAUCUCCUCCAAUGCCUCACCAGAGAACGCACACACCGAAUGCUGUCAAGCAAAGGAUCAGUCCUGUUGGAGCGCCGAGACAGCCUGUUGCAAAACCCGUGCUACAACCCAUGCGGCCCCAACAAGCGGCAUUGGCUGCGAACUCCAUGCCUAUGCUACUGGAUGAUUCGGGCAGGUUUGAUGACACCGGCUUGAACCUGCAACACGUAACACUUCAAGCAGCAAAUGCCACAUCUUCCAUUGUACAAAAUGCUCAUGGCUCGAAGAACCUGGCUCCUUCUAUGCCCACUUUCGAUUCGAAUACCGAUGUGAUAGAAAUGUCCGAAGGCUCUUCGUCCUCCUCCUCGGACUCCGAUUCAUCUUCGGAUGGCUCAGACUCGGAGAGCGAAGAGGACACCCAGAGGAAGAAAGGCCCUGUGCCCCCGCAAGCGCCGCACAUGCCGCCUGCAUCUGAUUUCGCACCAACACCGACGAACAGACAGUCCAUGCCGAAAUUAAGCCAAUUGAGUGAAGAUCUCCAGUUAAGCGAAUCGGGAAGCGAUUCCGACUGAGGAACAUU